UGUUUUUUUUGGCAAUGAUAUCGACUUUGUUUCGGCCUCUUUCGGAAGUAUAAAACUUGUCCGGACUCUCAUCGACUGUCAUUCAUUCGUUAGAUUUCUGUAGUUGAACGUGUGGUUCUGAAGACAGUUAUUUGUGCUCAAUCAAAAUGAAAUUCUUCAUCCUUCUUGCUUUCCUGAUCGCCGUUGCUGCGGCCUGUGUUCGUGACGAUUCUGAUGGACGUCCGGCUUGUAACGCUGAGGAAAUGACCCAGGGACGGUGGAGAAACAACUGGGAUCCUACUGCCUUCUGGCAGUGCACCACGGCCAACACCGCUGCCACUCUGGUCCGAUGCCCGACCGAAGGAAUGUUUGACCCGACCACCCUCACCUGCAUCAACUGGUUCGACUGGGUUUGGCAGCCAACCUGCAAGCCACCAAGUGCGCUGUAAACCCGAGCUGACCACUGUGCUGUGAAAAUAUAUAAUUGCAUUUAAAAGUGAUGAGAUUUUCUUUGAGGACACACACGUUCUGAGAAAUAAUACGCUUUUCAGCAGUGAAUCACCUCGAGUUGAAAUAA